AUGAGAGAAGCAGGCGCAGUUGACCAACCCCCUCCUGAACGUGUGACAGAGAACCUCAGAAACAUCUGUCAGUCACCAUGCCAAACUCCUGACUUGGUUGGAACACGAGCUGAAGUGUUCCGGACAUCUUACACCUAUCUACAAACAAUAGAGUUUGACCCCAAGCUGUUGACUGACCUCCCUGUGGUGCUGGUGGAGGAUGAUUCUACACUUGUAAAGACCAAGCAAACAGCUCUGGUACUGCUUCAUUAUGUGGAAUUCAGGCCAUAUUUGUACCGCAUUCCUCCAAAGGAUGUCAUGUUUGCAGAAUUCUUCAAGAAAAUUGGCGUCAAAGACGAGCCUACUGCAGAGCAGUACUGCAACGUUCUACAAGAAAUCCAUGCAGAUUCCACCGACAAGCAGACCCUUCAGCCAAAUCAGGUGAAAACUGUCAAGCGAGCUGUGGAGCAGCUUUUUCAUCUGAUCAGGAAAUUGCAAGAAAAUCAGUUGACCUCAGAAAUUCCUAAGACCUUGUAUCUACCUUCAACCGAUGGCAGACUGUACCCUUCAGCCUCACUGUAUUUCAACGACACAGUCUUCAAGGUUAGCAGAUUGGAGGGUGCCUUGAAAGACAAAUUGAAACUCCUGGAGAAACUGAGCAACUGCCAUUUAGAGAACGACAUGUAUGAACAUUAUAAAAUGAUGCAGUUGUUGCCCCUGGAGAUACAACCCAAAAUGCUAUCUCAGAUUACAGUAGAGAAUGUGGUGGAAUCCAACAUGCAACUGUGUGAGUACGGGGUGGGCUGCGAGUUCAGCGGAUGGUUUGGGGCACACCUGUCCUCAGCUCCCUUCAUGCAUGGUCUGGUGUGUCUCAUCAGAGAGCAGUGUCAGGGCAAGGUAUCACAAGGCGAUGCUGCCACCAUGUGUCAGAAAACCUUUGGCAGCAUUGAGAUCACCUGCUGCAAGAGCCUUGAAACAGUGCUUCGACUUGGCCAGGAGCUACUGAGUGACACCACUGCUGUCACACAGCUGUACGUCAAAAAGGGCCAGCAAGGUUGUACCUUCUACCUGAAACACAAUGAGGACCAGGCCCACAAAGUGAAGAGUGAGAUCAUCAUGAGACUGACUAAAGAGAUGAAUGCCCUUCUUAAUAACAUUCUCGGCUCAAACCUCCUGCUAGUUCUAGGACACCUUCUUUCAUGUGAUAGCAUGGAGGAAGUCAAGACAACGCUAGAGCAGAAUGAAAUCCAUGAUAUUGCUGAUACUGAGGACUCCUUGAAAGGGCCACCGGAACCAGGAAGUCCUGUUCCUGAAGAGUGGCAUGAUGCCCUGGACAUGAGCUACCUCAACAACUAUGAAUCUGGGGAAUACGUUGGCUUUAAGAAGACGGCCGAGGAGGAGCAUUGUUGCUAUGCAGUUAUAGUGGAACAGCUGUGUGUGCCAACUGGCCAAUCAGGACAGAGUCCCUACAGAUACAAAAUACAGAUUGGGAAAGAUGAAGUCAUAGAAGUCAGUGCCCUUGAUCUCUACCAAUUUAAACGGGAAAAUAAGCCUUUCUCAUCCUCUUCCACUGGAGCAACGUGCAUGGAACUGGUACAACGGGCAGAAUCUGUGCCGCGGUCUUCAUCCACAAAGACCUCACCACAGUCUCUGGAAGAAGCCAAAAAGGAAAUAGACAAAUGUCUGGCAGAGAUUUGGAUUCUGUCUGCAGAGGACAGGUUGAAGGCCAUCAGACGCCUCUACCUGAGGUGGCACCCUGACAAAAACCCAGACUGCCAACAGCUAUCCACAGAGGCAUUCAAGUAUCUGAAAAACAGAAUUGAGGAUCUUGAAAACGGAAGGACGGGGAAACCAUCCUCACACAGGACAGGGAAACCAUCCUCACAGCAGUGGAACACACAUUUCAGAAACUUCUACGACCAGUGGAACCAAGAAGCUCAUCACCACCGGUGUGGGAGAGAGAGGUUCUACAACAGCAGGGGACACAAUACUAGAUACAACUUCUGGACACAUUAUGGAAAUGUACCACAACCCAACCGAGCAGAGGCUGAGCGCUGGCUCAGACAAGCACAGUGUGACCUAGCCGCUGCUGACAACGACACAGGAGGCAUGGCCACAGAGUGGACUCUGUUCAAGGUACAUCAGGCCGUGGAGAAGGCUCUGGUGGCAGCAGAGUACAGAAGACACGGACAUCAUUACAACAACGGCUCCAUCUCCAGCCUGGCUGAACGGGUAUCUGGCUACAGCCCCCAGUUAGACACUCUACCCAACAUCGUGAGCAAACUGAAACAGCUGGGAGUCGACCCCAAGACCACUCAAUACCCAAACUACCACCCUUCACCACACAUACCAAAUAAGAGGUUCAAGUAUGAGAAUGAAUCAGAGGUGCUGGACAUGGCAUCAAAGCUUCUGUGCAAAAUAGAAAUAUAUAUUAAUUGA